AUGGAUACCCCCGAGUUUCUAUCAACAACCCUCCAUAUUAUAACAGUAGUGGCUAUACCAUUCCACGUUCUUGGAACCUAUUGCAUCUUUUUUCAAACCCCAAAAACUAUGGGCUCCGUGAAAUAUGUUAUGAUGAAUUUUCAUGCAUGGUGUAUCUUAUGCGAUUGGAUGCUCGCCGUGAUGACAAUUCCGUAUCUCUUGUUUCCAGCAAUGGUUGGCUUCCCGCUAGGAAUUCUAAAAUAUUUUGACGUACCGAUAGACAUUCAAGUGUAUUUGGUCGCCGUAGGCAUUACAGCAGUUUAUUCAUCUAUUGUGUUAAUAUUCGAAAAUCGUUACUAUAUGAUGUUCGCACAAAAAACCAGAUGGAAAUACUUUCGAGUUUUGUUAUCUACUUUCAACUAUACCCUGUCCGUUGUAUUUUUCAUUCCGGCUCUUCUCACUGUCCCCGAGCAGAAUAUGGCAAUGAACUAUGUUUUACAAAAUUAUCUCUACCUGCCGCCUGACCUAGUAAAACGAUCAUUCAUAUUUGCCAUCGAGUUCAAAUGGGUCGUGUUUCCUGUCGCUACUGUCGUCCUCAUUUAUGCAGCCGAGUUAAAUGUUGUGGUAGCUUUACUAUCGCGUAAUAUGAAAAACACAAUGAAAAUGGCAACGUACUCCAAACAAACGGCGAUGAUGCAGAAAAAGUUCAUACAGGCAAUGUAUAUACAGGCAGCCGUAUUUUUUCUCAAUUUACAAUUGCCAAUUUUGUAUACAGUACUUUCCCAGUUCACCGACUUUUACAGCCAGACCGCAAAUAACCUGGUAUUUAUAAUUGUCUCGCUACAUGGAAUUGACUCAACUAUCAUCAUGCUAUGGGCUCACAAACCGUAUCGCGAGUUUUGUAUGCGAGCUCUUGCAAAACUUAAACUGCCGGUCAGGGUGCGUGUGCUGCCAACAAGACCAACUACAAUAUCCGUGAUGCCUAGUAGUAACAUUGCUUCUUAA